AUGGUGAACCUCACUCUUCCUGGUGAACACCCCUUCCCUGAAGAUGUAGUUCAAGAUGUUCACAGGAAAGUAAAUGUGUCACUUUCAAGAAGAAAAAUGCUAUCCUACACCACCAACGACCAGUCAUCUUCUUGCACGACAGGCAACCCGAUCGACGAUUGCUGGCGCUGUGACCCCAGUUGGCAGUUGAACCGUCAGCGAUUAGCCGAUUGUGGCAUCGGAUUUGGCCAGUAUGCCCUAGGUGGUAAGGGUGGCAAAUAUUACGUGGUCACGGACUCCUCGGACCAUGAUCCAGUCAAUCCGGCUCCAGGAACCCUUCGGUAUGCUGUCAUCCAAACUGAGCCUCUAUGGAUUGUUUUCGCAGCCAACAUGCUCAUACACCUCUCCGAAGAACUAAUUUUCAAUUCGUACAAGACCCUUGACGGUCGCGGAACUCACGUUCAAAUUACCGGUGGUGGAUGCAUAACGUUACAGUACAUAACUAAUGUAAUCAUCCAUAAUAUACACAUUCACCAUUGCUAUGAAGCUGGUGAUACUAAUAUAAGGUCAAGUCCAACACAUUAUGGAUGGCGCGCAAAAUCAGACGGUGAUGGGAUUUCCAUUUUCGGUGCUCGGGACAUAUGGAUCGACCAUUGCUCAUUGUCACAUUGCAAGGAUGGGUUGAUCGAUGCUGUCAUGGGGUCGACUGGGAUCACAAUAUCCAAUAAUCAAUUUUCACACCAUAACGAAGUUAUGCUAUUAGGCCACAGCGACGAUUAUUUGCCGGAUUCUGGUAUGCAAGUGACUAUUGCUUUCAAUCACUUUGGCAAGAAACUUAUCCAAAGAAUGCCAAGAUGCAGAAGAGGGUUCAUACAUGUGGUGAAUAAUGAUUUUACACAAUGGGAAAUGUAUGCAAUUGGAGGGAGUGGUAAUCCUACCAUCAAUAGCCAGGGAAAUCGAUACAUUGCCCCCUUCGAUCGCAAUGCGAAAGAGGUGACAAAGCGUGUGGACACAGGAGAGGAGAAAUGGAGGGAUUGGAACUGGAGAAGUGAGGGAGAUGUAAUGGUAAAUGGAGCAUAUUUUGUAGCCUCUGGACAGGGUGUAGAGGUGAAAUAUGAGAAGGCCUAUAGUGUGGAGCCCAAAUCUGCUUCAUAUAUUGACCAACUUGUAAUGAACGCCGGUGUCCUCACUAGCAGUGGACACAAUCUGGGAAAGUGGACGGCCGGAGACAAUAGUAGUGGAACUGAUUUGGAUGCAAAUUCAGGUGUUGUAGAGGACUAUGAUGGAGAUGAUUCCGGGAGCUGCAGGACACACUCUCAUGCAAUUCUCUUAUCUCUUCUGAUAAACUUGUCAAUCUUCUUGUUUCUACAUGUCACCACCACAUCUAUGUUAUUGUAG